AUGCGUUUCCUCCCCUUCCUCCUGGGAACUCUUCCCUCCCUCUUCCCUACCAUCGGAGCCUCCACCACAACGGGCAACACCGGCGCGACAACCACCACCACCGAAAUCCUCUACUGGCCCCUCGGCGCCUCCCAACCAUCCACCCUCGCUCGCAUCGCCUAUGACCCCAUCAAUCCCGACGCCAAAGCGCAUGUCCUCGCCUAUACGCCCCCGACAGCCGCGCGGAAUGACCAGCGGGAGCGUGAGGGGAAUGGGGAGCGACUAGACAAUGACCAGCUCGUCCGUCUAGGCAUUUUCACCAAGACUGCGACAAAUCCCAAGCAAUGGACCGGUAGUCUGGUCUCGAUGGCCUCGGUUGCGGGAUCGUCUCGGGAGCCGGACGGGACGGCUCAUCCGCCCACGGUGCGUUUGCAUCUUGGUCCGGAUAACGAGGUGUAUCAUGUUUCGCUGGCGGCGGGGGAGACGAUUUCGCGCUCGGCGUCCCAGGUGAAAUCAAAGGCGAAAGGUGAAAUGGGAAGUGAAGAGGUGGAUCGGACCGGGGAUGUUGUUCCCUUGCAAGUGGAAUUGGUCAAGAGUGAGGAUGGAGUGCAACCGCAUUUGAAUCGGCCGGUGGUCGUGCGGCCGGAUGGACAGAAUCCCGAGGACGUUCCGGAGAAGACGUUGAUGCAAAAGUACUGGUGGAUUCCCUUGGUUGUCAUGUUCUUGUCCAUGUCUGGCGGUGGCGGUGGUGGUGGAGAGUAA